AUGGCUAAAUUUAACUCUCAGAUUACUACGCUAUUCAUUGUUGUAGCUUUGGUGUGUGCAUUUGUUCCAGCUUUCUCAGUCGAAAAAGCUGAAGCAAAUUUAUUGUGGAAUAAUUGUCUUGUUAAAAUCACUCCUAAGUGUGCGUUAGAUAUAAUUGCUGCUGUCUUCGAAAAUGGAACAAUGUCUGAUCCUUGUUUGCAGAGAUUACUUAGAGAUAUAAGCUACUCAUCGAGUGUUUGUAGAGAUUGA